AUGAGCAAAACUGAAGCUGCGUUCAAAGCAAAAGUCAAAGGAUGGCAGUAUUACCUUAUUGUAAGCGCCUACUUGGCAGUUUCUGAGCAGCCUGAGAGCAAACUUUCAGCGUUGGAAAAGAAGAUUUUGUAUGAAUUCAGGAUGUUGGUUGCCGAGACGACCGAAAUGAACGAGAGACUGAAGGAUGAAGUCCGCAAAGGCAACGAGAACAAGCCUCUCGACGGCGCCAAAAUAUUUAGCAGAGCCAAGGACUACAAAAGUGAAAUCACCAAUGUUGUCGUUCCUCUGUGGAACUCACACUGUACUCCAAGUGGUACUUCGUCCCAGGAGCAAUCGUUCGAACUCCUCAGAACAAAGUAUUGGUUGGUGAAGAAGACGGAAGCGUACAAGGAGAAGGUGAAGAAGAUUCUCAAGAAGGAUCCCAAUGCCGUCAUUAAGUUUGCAAAGCCUGUCAUCGAAGAUUGCCCAAAUGGAUAUGCACAUCCCAUCCUUUUUGUAUUCAAGAGGCUGUUUGAGGAGAAGCGUCCCUUGAAGUUUACCACGCCAGAUGCAAAAGGUAAGAACGGGACUCUGCGUAGCAAAACCCCCAACCGGAAACAGCAGCUUAAGAAGGAGGCAGAGUAUAAGAAGAGCCUCAAGAUGGGUACAACGGACGCCAAGGUCAAAGCUUAUACUGAACAAUCUUCUAAGAAGCUCAAGAUUGCAUAUGAGCAGACCUUGACUGGGAAGCUUACAGCUCGAACAAAGGUUGCCCAGUUAGCACGUGACGCUGGCUUGGAGGUCGGCGACAAACUCCUUAAGCGACUUGCAGAGGAGGCGCUUAGAUCUUUCGAGCGAGAGAUCAUUGAUAUGGAGGAGGUAGAGAAGGAAGAGCGCGCCAAAUUGGCAAAGAAGAAAUUAUCCACAGCUUCCAAAGAGAACUUGAACGGAGAUACUACGAGUAGUGAUGAUGAUGAUGAUCUAGGAGAACCAAGCCCUUUCGCUGCUGGGCAUCGAAAGAAGAGCCCCUCAAUGAUAGACCAGGUUAAUGAUUUCGAUAGUGACGAUGACGAAUCUUCAAAGAAGCAACCUGCAAACAAGGAACCUAUCGAGAUUGAUGGUGAUGACGACGACGAGGAGGAAGACAUCUAUAGCUAA